CGAUUUCCCGCCCCCGCCAAAGUUUCUCAUAAAGACGAUCUGACUUAGACCGACGCCUCAGUUUGCACCGUCGCGACGCUUAAGUUAAAUCUCUCUCAAAAAUGUCAAAGCGUAACAAGGAAGUAGAAGCAGAGGUCCUGGACUGGAUCUCUAAGGUUCUAGGAGAACCCUUACCGAAAGGGGAAUUCGAAGAUAUUCUAAAGGAUGGCAUCAUCCUGUGCAACCUUAUCAACAAACUGGCUCCGGGUUCAGUAAAGAAAAUAGCCACCAAAGGAACCAACUUUCAGCUGAUGGAGAACAUCCAGAGGUUCCAGGCCGCCGUCAAAGCUUACGGUCUUCCUCAGGAGGAAAUUUUCCAAACUGCUGAUCUCUUUGAAAAGAGGAACGUUGCCCAAGUAGCGUUAUCAUUGUUUUCGUUGGGUCGUUUGACUCAAAAACAUCCUGAAUGGAACGGGCCCACUCUAGGACCGAAAAUGGCCGAGAAGAACGAAAGAUCCUUCACGGAAGAUCAAUUGAGAGCCAGCGAAGGCCAUUUGGGACUUCAGAUGGGCUACAACAAGGGUGCGUCGCAAUCUGGACAUGGAGGCUUUGGAAACACUCGUCACAUGUAGAUUUAACUCUAGUUCCUAGAUUCUAAUUUAUUUUUUUAUAUUAUUCGUGAUUUGCUUGUGCCUUUGUGUAAUAAACAACUGAUUUUUU